AUGGUGCUUCUGAAGCAUGCAUCCAAGGGGCGAGCCAUUGUUAGCAGGGUGACCGGCGCCGCGAGGCUAGUGUGGAGCGGGGGAGACGACCAUGCGUCGCUUGCACGCGGAGUGAUCACUCACGGAAGCGUUGCUGAAUCGGUGGAUACUGACGAUGCGUCUGCCCCCCCCUGCGUGGAAUCUCACCUACGGGAGUUCACCAACGGAGACAAAAUCGUGUACGACAAUGCAGAGGACUUGCGCAAGUUCUGUGACAGAAAAUUUAAGAAGUUUCCGUCCGAGCUGAACAUACUGACAUCAUCCAACAGGGAAUAUGUGCCGUACCACUUCUUUGACUUCUUUCUCCCCCACGGGUCAUCAGAGAAGGUGCACGAAAAGUUGGCCUUCAAGGUGGGACAGUUAAAAGGGGAGCACCUGGAAGGGGAACAAUCAGACGUGUGUAAAAUCGGGGAAACCAGGCUCCCCGGGGCUGACAGACUUAACAAUGACGAGGGUGACGAUUAUUCCCCCUAUUUUUUACCACAGCUGUCCGACACGGUGGAGGGGAACGUGGAUCAAAAUGCAGACUGCGAAGGAUGUGUUCAGAAAGAAAAGAAAUAUUAUGGGAAGGGAAACAAAAAUGUGAAGAUGACGAAAAACAUAUCAUCGUUAUUGCAACUGAAACAAGUUAACCAUCUGGGCAUGGACUCGUAUGUAAAAUUAAGUUUACAGAAGAACUUCCACGUGAAGUAUUUGACAUCCGUUCAGUACUGUCUAUUUCCAUUGUUUGUAAAAAAUUACGACAUUUUAAUUCACUCCGUUAAAGGCACAGGGAAAACACUAUCGUACUGUCUCCCACUUGCCCACAAAGUAAUUGCACAGAUAGGUAAACUUAAAAGGGACUUUCCCCACUUCAAGGACAAUUCUGUCCUCGCGCUGAUUAUCUGUCCCAACAGAAUUCUCGUGGAACAAACAUAUGCAAUUGUAAAGAAAUUACUCAUGUACCAUCCGUAUGACAUCAUAUGCCACUACAUGCAUGGAAAAAAAAAUUUGAACAUGCAAGAUGAAAUUGACGAGCUAAAAAAAAAAAAACCACACAUUAUUGUGACCACUCCAGCUAGUUUCAUCAAUCAUAUGAAAUUCACCUGUUCCUUCAAAGACAUGUUUUUUUUAUGUGAUACGAUCAUCGUGGAUGAAGCGUACUUCCUAUUAAAUUCAAAUUAUUUACACAACGUUUUAACCAUCAAGGAUGUGCUUCCUAAAGGUCACCAAACCGUUUUACUGACCUGUCAUGUUAAUAAUUUUUUAAAGCAUUUGGCCUUCAGAUUUUUGCGCCUCAAUUAUGUGUACCUAAAUUUAGUGCACAACUGUGUGUAUGAUGAUGACACGUUUGAGGCUAUCAUUCCGAGGGGUAAAGACCCCCAGUGCCACUACUCAGCAGAUGGCAGUGAAGAAGGGGGUGGCCUCUUAAAUCUGACCAAUCGGGAAAACUCCCCAUUUCAACUCUACCACCGACUGAACGCCCAGCUCCUCUCCCUCUAUAAAAACAACAUACUGAACUGCACCCAACUAGAAAAGCUUUGGUAUUGCAAAGACGCGAAGACGUUUUACGACCACGUUAAUGCAUUCGAUGCGUACAUCGUAGGGGAGCCAGGCCACCCGAAAGAAGAGGCAAACGUCAAUGAGGAAGGAUCAACUUGCAGCGGGAUGCAUACUUCCUGGGAGGGUAAAACUACUGCAGAUGAGAAGACAAAUCGGAGGGGUCCACUCGAACGAGCAAAUGAAAGACUUCCUCGGGAAUAUACACAUAGAAAGGGUGAAGACAAAAAGAGGGAAGAACCCCCGGAAGAGCAAAAACAGAAGCUCACUCUCAGCCACAGCGAUUACAAUAACUACACGAAGUUCAGCCGCACACACGCCAAUUAUGAACAGAACAAAGGGAGAAACAUCCCCACGCACAUAUUCCUAACGCAAGAAUACUUAAUAUACGAGUCGGACAAACUUGCCUUAGUAGUCUUCAAUAUUCUUUGCAGAGAGCUCCUCUCAAGUGAGCGUAUAAAGAUAGUCCUCUUCAUGCCCACUGUAAAAAUGAUCCAGUUUUUUUACGUCAUUUUCAAGCAUUACAUUUUUAAGGGAUACCUCUGUUUGCUCUAUCUGCGCGGAAAGCAAAGGGCCUACGGGGGGUACAUAAAUAUGAAGGGCCAUAAUAGCAGCUACUACCACCAGAGGUGCACCAAUUCGGACAGUGCCGCUGCCCAUCCGCAGAACCACCACUACGAUAAGGAUCACGUUACCUUUUCAGUCUCCUCCGCUCCCUUUGUUCUGGCCCAUUCAGAACUGCGCAGCGCAGCAGAGGGUGGGUCCAAGGGUGGGAAUGGUUCCAUCGAAUUAGGGGAUAACGAAUGGGACAGUUCGCUCCAAAGAGACGGCCCACACUCAAAGAGAGGCAAAGCAAACAGUGAAGACAACAAGUGCGGCCCUGUUGAUGAUAUGCACCAACGCGAGUACGAACUGCUAAAAGACGUCAUACUCUCCUGUCUGCACUCCAAAUUGAGUACAGAUAAGAAAAUGUACACCCUGAACAGAUUUAACAACUCGGAGGGGAAGACCAAACAAGUCUUAUUCGCCUCCUCCUUGUUGUGUCAAGGAAUCGAAGUAGACAAGGUCGACUUGGUAAUACAGGUAGGGGUGUGUACCACCGUUGAUGAAUACGUUUUGAGGACGAACCUCGCCACAUCGAAAAAUACCAAGGGACGGAGCCUGCUCUUGUUAAACGAGUUAGAGGGGCAUUAUUUGUUCACUCUUUACAAAAACAGCAUUAUGAUUAGCAGCAUCAGCAAGAGGUACUUGAGAGAGAUAUAUAAGGAUAACCCUCUGUUGGAUGCUUUGUUGAAGUAUAAGCGCAGGGGGGCCAGUGUGGCAAGUGGGUGUAGCGAGGAUGACCAACCUUCAACGGGGCAAUCUGUUAGCGAUAAGGGCAGAGCCCAAGAUGUAAGUGACGAACCGGGGGGAAAUUUCGCUCAUGAGGAGGGAAAUCAUCACUAUACUUGUAACCCCCCACUGAGACACAUCGAAUGGCACAAGCACGAACACCUGCUCUGUUCAUGCGAGCUCAUGUACAGAUCCCUCCUCGGGUUUUAUUGUCAGCAAAACAAAUUUCUUAAGUAUGAAAAAUGGCAAGUACCAAGUUUAAUUAAAAGUAUUAUUUACUCCUUUGGCUAUUUUGAUAAUUUUUAUGUAACGAAAGCGAUGGCUGCGAGACUUCAAAUUUUAAAUGCACCUGACCUGUUCGUAAAGUUUAAUGCCACCCCGCGGAGUGUACUCAUGUCCGCGCUGCCAUCUUACAAGGGGUACAAGUCCCAGAUGAAUGAACUUUGGCGGAAAGGCUGCAUACAUGGUCGAUCAGGCGGAGUGUCACCAUCUUUGGAGAACCCCCCAUUUGACACAGAACAUGAGGAAGUCAAUUUGGAAAGAAAGGCGAAAAGACGGGAAAAUGGGGAUUACGAAAGACACCCACUGUAUUUCCCCAUUCGCACGUAUUUGUCCUGA